CUAGCCUAUUGCUGUGAAUUUUGCAAAGCUGCCAUGUCAAAUUCUGACAUUAAAUCUCAAGCAAAUUCAACUAAUGUAAGCCCUGAAGUAACAUCUGUGUUUUAUGAUGAUUCUGGACUAAUCUUCAUCUGUCCAAAAAUGUACAGCAAUGAAUUUGGAGCUGUAAUAGUGCCCUUUUUUUACUAUUUUGUAUUCAUUCUUAGCUUGCUGGGAAAUGGUCUUAUUCUCUUCCUUUUGCUAAAGUAUGAGAAGAUAAAUACAGUGACCAAUAUAUUCAUCCUAAACCUGGUGAUCUCCGACCUGCUAUUUUCCUUCAGUCUCCCUUUUUGGGCUGUCUAUCACAGUCAAGGAUGGAUUUUUGGAGAUGCAAUGUGCAAGAUUAUGUCGUCAAUGUUUUAUGUUGGCUUUUUCAGUUCCAUUUUAUUCUUAACAAUGAUGACAGUGGACAGAUAUCUUGCUGUAGUCCAUGCUGUGUCUUCUGCAAAAACAAGGAAGCUAACCUACGCUUAUGUGGCCAGUCUAUCAGUUUGGGGAACAAGCCUUCUAUCCACCAUUCCUAAAUUUAUCAUUUUUGGAACAAGGAAAAAUGCAUUGGAUGGGAUCCUUUGUGAGGAAACGGGAUACACAGCUGAGAAAAUAGAAAAAUGGAAGCUGUUUGGCUACUACCAGCAUCUUAGUAUGUUUUUUCUUAUUCCACUUGUUGUUAUUCUGUAUUGCUACACCUUAAUCAUGCUCAAACUAUUUCAUACAAAGAUGUACAACAAGGAUAAAGCUGUUAAACUAAUAUUUGUCAUUGUACUGACAUUUUUCUUUUGUUGGACUCCUUACAACAUACUUUUGUUUCUCAAAAUAAAUAAACUAUCUGAAAAAAACAUGGCAGAUAACUGUGACAACAGUGUUGACUACGCAUUUUAUAUUUGUCGCAAUAUUGCUUAUUUCCAUUGUUGCAUCAACCCAUUUUUCUAUACUUUUGUUGGAUCAAAAUUUCGUAGACAUCUGUCCCUGAUAUUUCCAAGGAAAGAUAUUUGUUGGCAGAGAUCUAGACAUUCCAGCUUAAGCAGUAAAACUAGUGAAUACUCCCCACAAACCAUAUACGAGUAAACAGUGAUUUUUAUAUUUGAAACAUUCUUGAUUUCUAAUAUUUUUUAUAUUAAUGUGAGAAUAUAUCUGCUUUUAAGGUUUUGCAAUUAAUUUUGCAAUUUGCAAGGUUGUAGGAUUUAUAUAAAAUGCAUAGCUUGUAAACAUUAUUAAAGGUCUAAUUAAAAAGACAGCUUAAUUUGCCUUACAUGCAUAUUUCAAAAUAUUAGAUUAAGAUUUAAGUCUGUGUAAUUAUUUCAGAUCAUGAAUUUGUGUGAGGAAAAUAAUAGCUUUUAAAGAAAUAAUGAUGGAGUUGUAAAGUAUGCUUUUUAUUCCAAAAACAUUUCAAGCAAAUUAAUUAUGUUUUUGUCUGCUGACAAGCUGUGGUGCUCACCAAACAGAGUAGUUGUGACUUAAGUCUUUAAUAGAGGAAUUACAAUUAUUGUAUUACGUUGUCCCAACAGCAGGUGUUUCAUUCACAUAAAGUUUAAAAAAAAGGUUCAGAUUAAUAAACUUGCUUUUAAUUAUUUGAUCUUAUCUUCCUGUUCCAAUGUUAUCUGCAGGUUUUUUUUCCAACAUAUAGCAUACAAGAAAAAUAUAAUCAAAAGAAAGUUAAAUGUUCACUCAAUGUAAUAAUUCCAAAAACAACAAUAGUUAUGUAUUUUACCACAGCUGUUUUACUCUAGAUCUUGAAUACCUUUUUAAUCAUAACAUUUAAAUUAUAAAAAUUAGACCUUUACUUAUAUUAUUAGGCAGUUUCCAAGCAAUUACAUGGCAUUUGUUAAAUUUACCAAGCCUCAGGGCUGAAAAUGCCAAAAAAGCUUUUAGCUUAUGGAAAGCAUAAAGUGUUUGCAGACAUAAUUAAUGUUUGCCUCCAUUUUCUCAGUUAAAAUAAAGGAACUAGAACUGGAUACCGAUAUAGCAUGAACAGAAUGAGAUGUAUUCCAAUCUAUGUGCAAAAUGGUUCACCCAGGAUUUUGUGAUUUUUUUCCAAAUUAUAUACCUAUCUAUACAUUUUUUUCAUGUGUUUCUGAUGUUCCUUUCUUGCUUCCUACUGUAAAAUACCCCAAAUCUCUAAUCAUUCCACUCCGUCAAAAAAAACUUUUUGAACCAUUUUCUUAUAAUUUUUUUAUUUUAUCUAAUGUACCUUCCUGAAAAUACAUUUAGACUUUUUUCUGCACCGCUUUGCUAAAUAUUUAAAUGUUUGUGCAUACUCAGUUCACAUGUUAAUAAAUAUAAUCUUUUUCAAGUUUAA